AUGGUAAUGCAAUUUCCUACCGCGAAACAUUUGAGUGUUCACGAAAAUACACAUAAUCCGCAAAAUAUAGUGAUUUGUGAUAAAUGUGGUAAAACAUUUCGUAAUAAAUGUCGUUUGAAAUUCCAUCACAGACAUGAUCAUUCGAAUGAACCGAAACCGGAAAAAAUACCAGAACAAUGUCCAUUGUGUAAUAAAUGGUAUUCAUCGAAAGGUAGUGUAAGCGAACAUAUAAAAAAUAUGCAUACAGACAAUGAUGUUGAACAUCGUUGUCCGACGUGUGGCUUUAUAUCGACCACAGCGAAAGCUUUAAAGAAGCACAUACUCUAUAAUCAUGAUGUCGUGCGUAGACAUAAAUGUAAUUUAUGUGAAAAGGCUUUUAAGAGACCGCAAGAUAUAAAGGAACAUAUGGCCACUCAUACGGGAGAACCUUUGUAUACUUGCGUGAAUUGUGGUAAAACUUUCAAAUCAAAAGCGAAUAUGUUUCAUCAUCGUAGACGUUUUCACAGAGCCGAAUGGAUGGCCGAUCGCACAAAACCACCUAAAGAAAAAUACUCGAGAAAUUAAUAAAUUAAUUGAUGAAAGAAAGUUAAUAAAAUUUAGAAAAUAUUUCUA